GGGGAUCGAAAAUACUCGAACAGUUCCCGGCCUAACCGGGUUGCCGGAAGUGGUUACUGGAAGGCUACCGGAGCUGAUAAACCAACUGGGAAAGUGAAACCAAUGGGGAUACAAAAAGCACUGGUUUUCUAUGCCGGUAAAGCCCCCAAAGGAGUGAAAACUAAUUGGAUUAUGCAUGAAUAUCGUCUUGCCAACGUUGAUAGGCCCGCCAGCAAGAAAAAUAAUUUAAGGGGAACUCUUGUCCAUCAAGAAAAUGCUGAACUCCAUAAAAAAAUGGACUUCAUUCAGAAAGAAAAUGCAGAGCUACAGAAGAAGGUUUAUGAAGCAAGGAGUACAAAUGAAGAAAAUGUGGCAUCGAAUCUUUCAUGCACUAUCAAUGGAUAUGAUUUACAUGCGCCGAUCAGUCUUCAGCUAAGGCAACCACAGGCUCAAUACAGUGAACCCGCAACCAUGAAAUUAUGAUUACAGCUGCAUUCCUAACAAGCUGUCAUGAACCAGUUCAAAUAUAUAGCAGCCUAGCAGGUGGUUUUAGAAUUUUGUUCUCUAGCAGCUGAGAUAUUAUUGUAUGAAAUCUAUAGAUUAAUUAUAGAAUCAACAAAUGCAUCUAAUAUUUGUAUCAAUUCCUCUUUCUAAUUUAAAUUCUCAAACUUUCCUGAUAUGUUAUACUACUGAUCAUUUUCAGUUGUGAUCAGUUGAAAUUACACUUUAAACACUAAAACUCAGUGUAGACCUCUAUACCAUACCA